AUGGAGGGCGGGGGGCUGAGCGCGGAGGAGGAGUUCGUCGGCCAUGAGGGGGGGGAGGAUGGCGAGGAAGAGAAGGCGCUGUUGGAAGAGGAGGAGGAGGAGAAGCAGGUGCCGGCCGCAUGUCCCCUGACGGAGGAGGUGCUGAAGGAGGGCCUCUCCCUCCUCUGCAAAAUUGGCAACGGCCUGGCGCACGCUUAUGUGAAGUUUGAAGCCAAGUAUAAGGACUUGACAGACAUCAGCCUCCUUGAACGUUUCAUUCACCUGCGGUAUGUGGAUUUGUCAGAGAACAAGCUGCAAGAUUUGUCUCCACUGAGCAGCCUAACCCACCUGCUUUGGCUGAAGGUGGAUGGGAAUCUGCUUACCAGUGCCCACAUGCAGGAGCUUCCCUACCUCCAGAUCAUCAGCUUUGCUCACAACCGCAUCAAGAAUAUGAAGGGCAUUACUCACCCCCACUUAGCCAGCCUCAGCCUUAAAGGUGGUACAAACUACUGUCUUCAUUGCUGUGUACAUAGAAAACUCUCUUUGAGUGGUAUUAACUGUCAUUAUUUCUUUGUCCUGUGGCACUCAGGAAAUAAAAUCCAGACAGCACUGGGUCUGAAUCAAGCACUGUAUAGCCUGCGUAUACUGGAGCUGCGAGGAAACAAGCUAGAGAGCACAGCAGGGCUUUGCCUUCCCAAACUCAAGAAUCUCUAUCUGGCCCAGAAUACCAUUAGGAGCCUCGAAGGCCUUGAGGCACUAGAGCAGUUGUCAACUCUGCACCUGCGUGACAAUGAGCUUCAGACUCUGGAUGGAUUCUCUAGCAGCAUGAAGUGCCUGCAGUACCUCAAUCUACGGAACAAUGGGAUCAGUAGCUUGCAGGAAGUGGCAAAACUGCAGGUGCUCCCCGUGCUGCAGGCCCUGGUGCUGAUGGAGAAUCCAUGCUCUGAUGAAACAAACUACCAGCAGGAGGUCCUGGCCCAGCUGCCACACCUGAAGCGCCUCGACAAGGAACCAGUUGAGAAAAAUUAGCAUGCAGAGGCAAAUGAAAUCCGUUAGAAAAGGCAGGAAGAGGAAAAGGAAAUGGAGGUAUCUCCCCAAGGUGAUGUAUCGAGUGACCUCUGGUUUAAAUCCCUGUUCCUUGUGAAGAUUUGGGGAUGCAUCUUCCCAUGUGCAAAGCAAGAGCUAUAGGUAUGAGGUUCACCUCAUUUUGCCUGAAGAAGAGAGGAGUGUCCUGGAUGCUGCCUUCAGUUACUGCAGUGUUUUUACAGUCUCUGCACGUACAUACUCAAAGUAGUCCCAGGAGGGAAAAGGGGGGUUACAAGUUGCGUGGUUUGAUUUAUAAUUUUCUUAUUUGGAUAAAAAUACUUAACGAAC